GGUAUCCAGGCAGCUGCUCUCUGUCUCUCUGCCUUUCUAAGGAGCUAGGCUAGCUGGUAAACAACACCAAAAAAAAAAAAAAAAAAGCCCCGGCGUAGUGUUGGAGAAUGUAAUGACUGAACACGCCGUUGUUUUGAGAAAUAGUCUCGGUAUCCGUCACAGUGUUCUGCUUUUUUUCAUUCCCACUACAUGUCUUGUCUUCCCGUUCAUGACCGUCUCUGCAAAAGAAAAAAAAAAGGCUGGUACACAGAACUGAGACACACUGAUGCUGCCUAAAUGAGCUAACCUUUUUCUACUGUCUCCAGAGACAUAAAGCAACAUUUUCACUGAGAUCUGAGUUGUCGCCCGGCGGUGGAUGUCUCGUCGCCUCCGCCUGAGGUCGGAGGCCAGUUGGAGUCGGGAGGUGGCUCCUGGGCUUCAGCAGUGAUGCGCGCUUCAGUGGCAGGCUGCAGGAUGAGCGUGGGCGCGCUCCUGAACGGGCUGCUGGUCUCUGUGGUCGCAGCGCUCCUUUGGAAGUACUCCAAGCUGAGCGAGCACGCUGCCCUGCUGGAGGAAGAGCUUCACAUGACGCGGCAGUCCCAGGAAGUCUCUCAGGCCCGCAUUGACUACCAUGUGGCCCUGCAGGCUCUUCAGAAACACGGCACCAACAUGGUCUGCACUGGGAAGAUGCACACCGACCGCAUCUGCCGUUUUGACUACCUCUGCUACAGCUCAGAGGCCGAGGAAUUUGUGUUCUUCCACUCCAACUCCUCUGUCAUGCUGCCUAACUUGGGGUCGAGGCGCUUCCAACCCGCUCUGCUGGACUUGUCUUCAGUAGAGGACCACAACACCCAAUACUUCAACUUCUUAGAACUCCCAGCUGCUACUUUAAAGUAUAUGCCUAAGCCUGUGUUCGUACCAGAUGUAACACUGAUUCUUAACCGGUUUAAUCCCGACAACCUAAUGCACGUGUUCCAUGAUGACCUGAUCCCAGCUUUCUAUACGAUGAAACAGUAUUCAGACUUGGAUGAUGAGGCGCGUUUGGUUUUCAUGGAGGGCUGGGGUGAAGGCCCACACUUCGACCUGUACCGACUUCUCAGCAGCAAGCAACCUCUCCUCAAAGAACAGUUGAGGAACUUUGGCAAACUCAUGUGUUUCACCAAGUCUUACAUCGGUCUGUCCAAGAUGACCACCUGGUAUCAGUAUGGUUUCGUCCAGCCACAGGGGCCCAAAGCCAACAUGCUGGUGUCGGGAAAUGAGAUCCGUCAGUUUGCCGUGGCUCUUAUGGAGAAAAUGAACAUCACAAGGGCGGAGGAGGUUGAGAGGGAAGGAGCGAGUGCGGAAGAUGAGAAGGAAAAAGAGAAAAAGGACGAAUACGUCGUUGUGUUUAGUCGUUCAACAACGAGGCUGAUACUGAAUGAAGCAGAGCUAAUCAUGGUGCUGGCCCAGGAGUUCCAGAUGAGAGUGGUCACUGUAUCCCUGGAGGAACAAUCGUUCCCCAGUAUUGUCCAGGUAAUCAGCGGUGCUUCCAUACUGGUCAGCAUGCACGGGGCUCAGCUGGUCACCUCGCUCUUCCUCCCCAGGCGAGCGACUGUUGUGGAGCUCUUCCCUUUUGCUGUGAACCCGGAGCAGUACACGCCCUAUAAAACCCUGGCCUCCCUUCCAGGCAUGGACCUGCACUAUAUCUCCUGGAGAAACACCAUGGAGGAGAACACCAUCACCCACCCAGACAGACCGUGGGAGCAAGGGGGCAUCGCUCACUUGGAGAAGGAGGAGCAAGAGCGAAUACUCGCGAGCAAAGAUGUCCCCAGGCACCUUUGCUGCCGCAACCCAGAGUGGCUCUACCGGAUCUACCAGGACACUUUGGUGGACAUCCCUUCUUUCCUGGAAGUCCUCAAAGAGGGAAUGAAAACAAAGCCCAGCAUGAAGAAGUCAAAGACGGCAAGCACAGUCCACCCAGGGCGGGUCAGAGAACCACAGUGUCAGACCUCAGUACAAACCACUAACGAGGCGAAGCUCACCGUGUCUUGGCAGAUCCCGUGGAAUCUAAAGUACCUAAAAGUGAGGGAGGUCAAGUACGAGGUUUGGAUCCAGGAGCAGGGAGAGAACACCUAUAUGCCUUAUAUCCUCCCCCAACAGAACUACACUUUUUCAGAAAACAUUAAGCCCUUCACCACAUACCUGGUGUGGGUGAGGUGCAUCUUCAACAAGAACCUCCUGGGCCCUUUCGCAGAUGUUCUCAUGUGCAGGACCUAGGGCAAGCACCUUUCCUGUUGGUUGCUGCGCAGUUUCACACAGAAGUGGAGUCCUGCCUGUUCCAAACAAUCAUGAUGGAAAUUCUGUUUUUCCAACACAGGUGAUAUGGCUGUUGAACUAUUGCAAGGUCAUGUUUCUUUGGCCUCUAAAUGAAACAUAAAAGACUUGUGGAUAAAUUGCAAAACAAAUUAAAAACUUGAAGCACAGGGUCUGAACUCAAUGGCAACAGCCAUUAUUGAAUGGAAAUGUUAUUUCCUGCACCUUUGAAAGAAAGAAAGAGCUAAACCGUGUCUGUACGGAAACUCCCAGAAUUCAAAUCAACAGAUUUAUUUAUGUGCAAAAUAAUAUAUAAUGUUUCUAUAGUAUUAGUCAAAAACACUGAUUCUUAACCUUUUACAGUAUGCAAUGUAGCUUUUCUGUUGAGAGAGAUUUUUUAGAAUAGAGAGACUUUUUAUGUUUCUGACUUGUCUAGUGUCGUGUGUGUGUAUGUGUGUGUGUGUGUAUGUAUGUGUGUGUGUGUGUGUGUGUGUGUGUGUGUGUGUGUGUGUGUGUGUAUGUGUAUGUGUGUGAUACCUGUGUGGCUCAUUUCCCUAUCAAUUGUUCAAUUACAUCCUCAGUAUUCUGCAGAAACUAGCCAAAACCAAAGCAACUUUUUCCACCUGAUUUCAGCCAAUCAUCAUUCAUGCCAUUACCUUCUUAUGUUAUAGAUCUCUCAUACCUCUGAUGUUGACUUAGAAACUGUACAUGUUGUGUCAAAAAGUUUCCAGGAGGAGGUUUAAUGAAUGCCAUGGGUAAUAUUGUUGGAGUCAGAAUACUGAAUGAGCCUUUUGAAAGAAAGACAAACUCGACGCAGCCACAAAUAAUUCAAGUCCAUUUUAAUGCAUGAAUAAAAGAUUUUUUCUAAUUGUCACACAAAUUACAUCUGUUUUAAAGUUCUGAGUGAAUCUGUGACCAUAAGUUAUAAUUAGUAAGCUGUUCUCAAACGCUGCUGGAAAGUUGGAUUUGAAUGUGAACGUGUUAAAGCAUCUUUAUUAUGAGAAGGCAUGAUGCCACAUAGUUCAGAUGUCUGUCCAGCUCUUGUUAUUAGAUUAAACAAAGUUACUAAUUAUGUAUCACUUUACAGUUUGAAAUGUUUUCUAGCUGGUCAGAAGAAUUCAGCUGUUGCAUCUUCAGUUGAAACAAAGGACGAAGCGGGGCUGCCCCUGCUGGUCGACCGAGGGUUAGUUGAUUUAAAAGAACAAUUAAAUUGUCUUCAUUUGUUUAGUUGCAGAAAAAAGCCACAAGCUCUGUCUAAGAGCUGCACCUUUUCUUCUUCUGUAAGGCCCAUCUGACGAUUAUUUUAACAAUACUGUAGAUUAAUUGGGUGAUUAUAUUUUUUAAUAAUUUGAUGAAUUGGAUUUUAAAACAUUAUUAUUAUUGCCACCCGCGUUCAAAACCAGAACACAGUUGAACAAGCAACAACGGGUUGUUAUUGCAACGUCCCUGAGCUGUGACACAAAAUGAAAUGAUGAACCCUAUAAAAGCGGUGAAACUGACCACCAAUAAUUAUUUUCCCAGAUUAUUUCUCAGUGCUUACACAGUAAAGCAGUGCUCUCAUGUGUCAGAGGACCCACCCCCAACUCAUUCAUGAAAUAUCCCAACCCAAAUUUUUCAACAAUCAGAUUUAUUUAACGAAACAUUUGUGCAGUUUGGACUUAACACAGUGCAAAAUGUGACAAAAAAAAAAGGAAAAAAUAUGUUUUAGUAGCGCUACACGGAUUUUCCUGACACAGGCAAACAUUCGCGACCCACCUUAAACGGCUCUGCUUCCGACCCACUUUUGGGUCCUAACCCACCGUUUGAGAACCACUUCUCUAAAGAACUCGGCUCCUCCACAGUAUCCUACAGUAAGGUGCUGAAUUCUGUUAACAUGCAGCCUUCAUCCUCUCAGCUCUCUGUUCUGCCCUCCAUACAGCAAACCAUCUCAUUCACAGGUCAACACAUACUGAGGCGUGGUCACCUGCCUUUGUCAUUUCAUAAAGACGCACAGGUUACGUUAGCGGUGCAGACAGACGGUGAUGAUGUUCUUUGUCCCGUCUGCAGACUGUUGGCUACGAGCUCCGCAUCACAACACGAUGACUGACAGCCGGGAAUGUCUACAUGAUGAAAAGAUCUGAAAUAACAGACAGAUGUUCUGGAUUAGGAGGGAUAGUUGAGAUUGAAUAUUUUUAAAUGGGUCUUAACUCUUUUUUUUCUUUUCUUUUCUGCUUUUCAUUGUGUUUUAGAUGAGUUAGUAUGUGCUCAUUUACUCUCUCUGUACUGGCACUGUGCACUGGUUGGUUAUAGGCCUAGGCCUUUUUUAUUUUCUAUUUUUAAAAGAGUAGGGAUGUACUGAUGCUUCAGUUUAACAUCAGUACUGGAAGAUUUUGGCCCUGUAGACAGACAUUGGCCCAUCUUCAAAUAAGGUGGCAUGAACCGAUGUCAGCAGCCGAUGGUUAUCUAAUAUGUCAUAUCAAUGAAAUUCUGGCAUCUAGUACACCAAACUGCUGAUUCUGAUAAUAGUUCAUAAGACUUUUAUUGGGCUGAAGAAGUCACAUGUUGGACCAACUCUGACAUGGUCCAACAUGAGAGAAAAUGUCGGCCCGCAGGGAGUUUAACACCUUAAAAAAAUAAAUGAAACACACCAAACAUCGGAAUCAGUACCCACCCUGAUUUUCACAAUCGUUGCAUCUCUAUAUCGUAGUUGAAAAUAAAUGUUCCAUCCUCUGGCUAAUCUUUUUAGACACAUUUAGAGAUGAGCAAUGUUGAAGAAGCACAGUAGGGUUUCCUGGCACAGCUUCACAGACUAACAAGGUGCAUGGAGAGUGGACGGCUUGAAGCUCCACCAUCACUUGUGGUAUGAAGAUCACCUUUAUUCACUUUGUUAGACCGACACGUUUCAGCUCCUGAGCUUCACCAGGGUCAUCCAAAAUGAGAUAUUCAAUUACCAUUGUUGUUAGGUUGCAAUGAUUCAAAGGCUAAUUUAACAUUUUGUUAUAGUUCUCUGUAAUGAAGCACACUGUUGACACUGUUACAUGAAACACACUUUAACAACCCUGAAAGUCAAACUGUUAUCUGAUGCUCCAAAAAAAAAAAACAAUGAUCAGUACACAAGGAACAGGACGUCUUUGGUCAGGGGCAGCCCCACACCCACAGCUGUGAAACGUUUUAUUGUGUCAUGUUUUAAAUGCUGCUUCUUUGUAGCUAGACUGCAAAAUGUAUUUAGUUUUUUUGACACUUGAAUUCGAGUUUUGAGUAUAUUGUAGAAUAGAUGUAGCAAGAGAUGUUUUAUGGGAUGGCACAUUUCCACCAACCUAUCCUGUUUUUAGUUACCAUUGUUUAGACGUCAUGUCUGUUUUCAUUGCUUGAUUACUCUCUUUGUAAUGUCUUCAAGAUCCUUUUGACCCCACAUCUUCAUUUAUCCUUUUGCCAAACAUCCCUUGUGUCACUUUUUUCACAGACAUUGAUAUUUUUCCGCUAAAGUUCUCAAAUGCAGUUGUGUCUGUCGAUGCAUGUUUAAGAGAUUAUUUUGAAGCCAUUGUUGUGGAUGCAGGAUGCGAUGGUUUGGUACUGUAUGUGUUUGUAUUGUUGGCUAUCUGCAAGGCGUCGUACAGUAUGUGCUGAGUGAAACGAGAGUCUGUUUUCUAUAUUAGCGAAUAGUUUGAGUUUCUUUUUUCAGUAACCGUGCUGUGAUUGAAUUAAAGAAGCAUAUUUCUUACA